UUGGCUAUCUGCCUUUCCACCUAAAAUCUGCUCUAACUUCUAGCUGGUGUUUUGGUACUGAAGACGAGUUUAGUAUUUUAUGUACAUCUAUGGACCUCAUGUGCCUGUGCUGUUGUGCUAUAAAUAAAUAUGUGACUGAAUGUUUGUUGGGAAUGGCAUGUUUGCAUCGAACUGAACAGUGGCUGUUUGGUAGUGAUCUAGAGAUUAAUUUUCUUGUGUUAAAGAGUUAGGAAAUACGUACUUGUCAAAUAAACUAAAUAUGAAGCUGAAGAAAGAGGAAGAAAUGACAAGUGCACUAUGGCAGAUUCUGUUACUAGUUUUAGUUCUACAAUGUUUGGCUCAUCUUCCUGAAUACAAUCAGGAAUUGCUGUCUCAACAGAGUGUUCCGAGAGUCAACAUAUUGUGUCGGCAGACCCUUUAACGCAGAAGGUACAGUUCUGUUGACACUGAAGACACCUCAGAGUGUGUCCGUGUGUGUGUGUACUAGAAAUUGCUGAUGGCUCAAAUGGAUCGCAUGGAACUGAAAAAAGUCAACACAGAACUUGAUGAGGAGAGCAACAGCGGGGAAAGCACUGAAGACACCUACACCGACAUGGGAGAUCCAGAGAAGUCCACCAUUAGCAGUCAGUUUGUAGGUGACGAUGCAGAAAGUCAGAAGUUCCUUACCAAUGGCUUCCUUGGUAAAAAGAAAUUGGAAAACUAUACAGAGGAAUAUCAUCCAGGAAAUAUUUCAUUUGGGAUCUCAGCAUUUAACCUGAGCAAUGCCAUCAUGGGCAGUGGCAUCUUAGGGUUGUCCUAUGCCAUGGCCAACACUGGAAUUGUACUUUUCAUAAUCUUACUGCUCAGCGUAGCCAUAAUGUCUCUGUAUUCGGUUCACCUACUACUGAAAACAUCCAAAGAAGGAGGCUCCCUAAUAUAUGAAAAAUUAGGCGAAAAGGCAUUUGGAUGGCCUGGAAAAAUUAGUGCUUUUAUUUCUCUUACAAUGCAGAACAUUGGAGCAAUGUCGAGCUACCUCUUUAUCAUUAAGUAUGAACUCCCUGAAGUUAUCAGAGUAUUUCUAGGCCUUGAAGAGAAUUCUGGGGAAUGGUAUCUUAAUGGAAACUACCUCGUAAUAUUUGUGAGCAUUGGAGUUAUCCUUCCACUUUCCCUUCUAAAGAACUUAGGAUAUCUUGGCUAUACAAGUGGAUUUUCGCUAAUGUGUAUGGUGUUCUUUCUCAGUGUGGUGAUCUACAAGAAAUCCCAAAUUCCUUGUCCACUCCCACACUUGGACAAUAGAAUUAGCAACUGGUCCUCCAAUGGCACUACAGUUCCAUUACACGUAGUAAUGCUACCCAAUGACUCUGCUAAUUCGGGCCUCAACUUGAUGAUAGAUAAUGACCACAAGCAGUAUUCAAGUUUUGAAGAAAACAUUGAUAAAUUCCACCAGAGUGGGGUCAAAUAUGAAGCCCACGAAGAGGAGAAUGACAUGUGCCGACCCAAGUAUUUUGUAUUUAACUCACGGACUGCCUAUACAAUACCAAUUCUUGCAUUUGCAUUCGUGUGCCACCCUGAAGUAUUACCCAUCUACAGUGAACUAAAAAACCGAUCUCGGAAACGGAUGCAAAAUGUUUCUAACGUCUCCAUCACUGGGAUGCUUAUUAUGUAUCUACUGGCUGCUCUAUUUGGCUAUCUUACUUUCUAUGGUGAGGUGGAAGAUGAGCUGCUUCACACAUACACCAAAGUGUACAAUUUUGACACUCUGCUUUUGAUGGUCCGCGUUGCUGUACUUGUAGCUGUGACCCUGACUGUACCUAUAGUCCUAUUUCCGAUCCGUACAUCAGUUACGGCACUUUUGUUCCCUGGAAGGCCUUUCAGUUGGAUAAGACACUUUCUAAUUGCAGCUGUUAUACUUAUAUUCAAUAAUAUCCUAGUCAUCUUUGUCCCUACUAUUAAAGACAUCUUUGGAUUCAUAGGUGCUUCUGCUGCCACUAUGCUGAUCUUUAUUCUUCCUGCUGCCUUCUAUCUUCGGAUUGUCAAAAAAGAGCCUUUCAGGUCACCUCAGAAGAUUGGAGCCUUGGUUUUCCUGAUUGUCGGCAUCAUCUUCAUGAUUGGGAGCAUGACUCUAAUUGUCCUGGACUGGAUUUACAAUUCUCCUGGUUCCAAUCAGCAUUAAUCUGAAAGGAAAUAGAUGCUGCUUCUUUUUUCUGGAAAUGGUAGAAUGCCAUCAUCCAAAAAGAAAGAAAAAACUUUUGACAUAUUGAAGAGGACAUUACUUCUAGUCAAUUUCUGCAAAAUUCCAAAGACUUUGCUAGUAUUACCACUAGGAGGAUCCUAUGGAAUAUUCAAUCUCCCUUUAAUAAGGGAGAGUUAUUUAUGCAUCGAAGCCUGAGCCACACCUUUCUGGACCAGGUUAGGAUAAAGAAAGUGUGCUAGUGGAGGCACAAAGCUCAUUAUGUAUAUAGUCCUCAGAACAGACUGCUCCUGUUACUGUUUUUCCAAGAAGUAACAUGUUGUUACUUCUUGUUAAAAAAGGGAGUACAACAAUAUUUAGAAUCUUGAAAGACAACAGGGCUUACAGUGCCUUUUAAACUUGCAAUGAGUAGGGUUUCUAUCAUAUUUUGUACCCUGUUUUGAGAAAAAGGCUGGAAUAUUUAUUACUUGUUCAGAAUUGGAAAGUCUCAAAAUCUCAAGUCCAGUUGCCAAACUGUGUAUAUAUGUAUGUAUAGUUUAUACACAUAAAUACAAAAGGGAAGAGAAAAUCAAUGGAAAAAUAUUCUUUAAAUGGUUGUCCAUGAGGUUAAUGGGUACAAUCUUAAUAGAAUUUACAAGCCUAUACCAAGUUAGUCCCAUGUUUUUUAGUCCUGGAACUCACAUUAAUGUUGAUCUCCCAAGUUCCCAUUGAUUAAUUGGGACUAGUGAAACUAACAAUCGGCUUUAAGCAUAAAUAAUACAGUGAGGCCCGACCUUUCUAAUUUACUUCUUAAGCCAAAAGGUGGUAACAAGUAUGCCUACCAUCACAUAGUAUGUGGUCAUGCUCACUUUCGGAAAUCUUUGCAGUAUAAAUGAGGCAACACAGAUUAGUCACAAUUGGUUUGGCUAACAGGGUUUUUCAGUCCAAUCAUCUUGCAGAUGUAUUUAUUAGUAAAAUUUUGCCAGGUCAAUAAAAUCAUUUCUUGCCACAUCCAACUUUCAGAACUUUACCAUUUGACAUGGCAGUACUUACAAGUGAAGAAAGGGAUAUUGGCCAGUCACUUAUUAAAUUUGGCUAUGCCCUUUAAAUGUAUUCAUAGCUGCAAAGCUAGCACUUGAACUCACUUUUUAAGUGGAUGCCAAUGUUGUAGUGUUGCAAAUAUUCUUUUCUGGUAUAAUCUCUAUUGAUAAGAUUUAGAAGUGCUCAGAGUUUGGAAAGUUAAUUUUAAAAAGCUCCAAGAAUGUUCCAUCUGAAUGUUUUGUAUUCAGCAACAUGUGACACAGAGCAAACCAGCACUUAAACCAUAUGCUAUACUCUUAUUAUUUAGUUUGAAACUAAAAAAUGUGGUACUCACUCCCCACAUAACGGUAACAGUAACUAAAAUACUAUUGGUUACACAACAGAUACAGGUUAUCCCCCAUUAAGUUAUAAUUGUCAUGCCAUGUAGCUACACCACAUGUAUUGGGGACAGGAAUUAAUUACAAGUAAUUUGUUACUUGUAAAUAUUUACUGCCAAGCUAUGGGAGCACUUACGUGGUAGAUAUGAUCAACAUGUUGGCAACUUCUACAUCCCUGCAUGAUGCUUAACAUCAUGAUGAGAAUCUCGUGAUAAUCAUAUCUCAUGGUAGCUUUCUUCAACCAAGCUGCCUCUAGAUACUUUGAACUGGUACUAAUAGGCGUUGCAACACAAAGCAACUGGAAAGCACCUGGCUGGGGAAGCCUGAACUAUGACAAUGUUUGAGGGAUUUUUAUAGUAAGCAAACCCAAACCUUUAAAAGUUGUUUUACAAAGCACACAUACAUACACAUGCGUGCGUGCAGAUACAACCCCUAGUUAAUUAUUUUCUGUAUAUUUUAAAACCACUAGGCUGUGGUUCAAAACAUUUUCUCCCAUCCACUUUGUUGUCACCACAGUACUCACAAAUGAGCACAAGUCGCAGCUCAAGCCAGCACUUGAACAAUGUGAUAUUUUUCCUUCACUAAGUGAAGUCACAUCCGCAUAUAACUAUAAAAAUAACAUUAAAUGACUAAAGUUUUCCCUUACUAAGCUGUCAAAUAGUUAUACCAUAUUGAAUGAAUUUCAAAUAACUAGUUGUUUUAUAUAAUUAUUUCCAAGUUAUGAGCAAAAUAUAUACAGGUUGAGCAUCGCUUGUCCAGAAUUUCAAAGUCCAAAAUUGUCCAGAAUCUGAAAUUGUCCACAGUAGUGGCUGAGAUAAUGACCCUCUUGGUUUUUGGUGGUUUAAUGUACACAAACUUUGUUUCAUGCCCAGAAUCAUUAAAAAUACUAGAUAUAAUUACCUUCAGACUAUGUGUAUAAGGUGUAUAUGAAACAUAAAUGAAUUUUAUCUUUAGACCUGGGUCACAACUCCAAGAUAUCUCACUAUGCAUGUACAGUAGAGUCUCACUUAUCCAAAAUAAAUGGGCCGACAGAACAUUUAUAAGCGAAAAUGUUGGAUAAUAAGGAGGGAUUAAGGGAAAGCGUAUUAAACAUCAAAUUAUGUUAUGAUUUUACAAAUUAAGCACCAAAACAUCAUGCUUUACAACAAAUGGAUAGAAAACGCAGUUCAGUACAUGAUAACGUUAUGUAAUAAUUAUUAUAUUUAUGAAUUUAGCACCAAAUUUUCACAAUUUAUUGAAAAACUGACUACAAAAACAUUGACUACUAAAAGGCAAACUGCGUUGGAUAAUACAGACCCUUGGAUAAGUGGAGCGUGAAUAAGUGAGACUCUACUGUAUAUGCAAAUACAGGUAUUCCAAAAUCUGAAAUCCAAAACACUUUUGUCCCAAGCAUUUUGGAUAAGGAAUACAACCUGUACACCCAAUUUGAAACAUGGUUCUAUAUAUAUAAUUCUAUUUGAAUGAAAAUAUUGAAAAAACUGGAUCCCUGUUUGUAGUUUGUCUUCCACUAUAACUCAGAUAUAAAGAGAUCACAAGAAAUGUGAAAGCACAUUAACCAGUAUUGUUCAACGCAUUUUUAUUUGAUAAAACGGUCAGUGCAGGAAACUGUGGUCAUUGCUAUGUAUGUACUAUAUAAAUAUUUAUGUAUAUAAUCUUAUUCUAUCAAAUGUUACAGUAUGAUACAGUGUUUUAAUUUUUAUAUAUCUAUUGUGUAGUUGUUUUCACAAGAUUUGUAGAUUUGGUGGGCUCAGAAAGGUUUGACAUACAGCUGCUUGAAAUGUCACUUGUGAAAGUCCAAAAGGUUAUCCAACCAGAAUGAAAUGGCCAACAUGUUGUUGAAGAGAGUUACGACAAUAAAUUUCAAGAAUUCA